AUGUGGGGACCCGGGGUCACGGCCGAGGGCCUGUCGGUGGCGCCGGCGCCGCCACCGCUGCUGCCGCUGCUGCUACUGCUGGCGCUGGCGCUGGUGGCGCCCUCGCGGGGCGGCGGGGGCUGCGCGGAGCUGGCGUGCGGCGAGCGAGAGCGCUGCUGCGACGCGGCCAACGCCACCGCGGUGCGCUGCUGCAAGCUGCCGCUGCACGCCUUCCUCGACAACGUGGGCUGGUUCGUCCGCAAGCUCUCCGGGCUGUUCAUCCUGCUGGUGCUCUUCGCCAUCGGCUACUUCUUGCAGCGCAUCAUCUGUCCCAGCCCACGCAGGUACCCGCGCGGACAGGCGCGACCGGGGCCACCGGGGGGCGCCGGGCAGCCGGGGGCCGCGCGGCCGCCCGACGACAACGACGACGACGACUCGCCCGCGCUGCUGCGGGACGAGGCGGCCGCCGGCUCUCAGGACUCGCUGCUGGACAGUGGAGGCGGUGGCCGGGGCCGGGCAGGCGGCGGGCGCUCGGCCCCUUCCUGCGCCUCGGAGCACGAGCUGCGCGUAGUGUCGCCGGUCUUCCUGCAGCUGCCCAGCUACGAGGAGGUCAAGUACCUGCCAACCUACGAGGAGUCCAUGCGGCUGCAGCAGCUCAGUCCCGGGCAGGUCGUGUUGCCCGUGUCGGUGCUCGGCCACCCGCGAGGUGGAGGCGCCGGGGAGUCCGACGGCGGCGGCGAGGUCCGCUUCCCGCUCAUCUGA